AUGUCUUUUGAGAUUGUUGUCCCCUCCGAGAAUGACGCCCCCAGCAUGGCCAGUGUCCAUCUGGACGCAAUGGAUCCCAAUUUACUGAUGCAUGCCCAAUUUCCGAACACCGAGAGCCUGGAAUUCCUUCGAGGCUGGCUUUGCAGAGAGACGUUGGAUCACGUCCGUAGCGACGACAGGGGCGUCCUCAUCGCCCGAGACACAGACACCGGGAAGAUAUUGAGCUUUGUCAAGUGGGCGAUUCAUGGCCUGCGGCAAACGCGGUCGGAGACCGAAGACGAAUUCCCGGCUUGUUGCCGGCAGGAGUAUCUCGACUCAUAUGCAGCUCUCACCAAAGAAGCAAGAGUUAAGGUGCUCGGUGAUAAGCCGCAUUACCACGUGUCAUAUCUCUGUACGGAUCCAAAGCUCGGUGGUCGAGGAGCUGCUUCUGGGCUGCUUCGACGAGUUCAGACCGAGGCAGCAGCCGAAAAUGCAGCAGUUAUUCUUGAGGCUACCAUGAACGCCGUGACCUUUUAUGAGAGGCUCGGCUUCAAGGUCCAAGAGAAACUCGAAAUGACUCUCCCAGCACGAGGAUCCAGCGAGCCAACCGAGCUCUACGAGGAGAGGACCAUGGUCUGGGCGCCUUAG